AUGGUUGAAUUAAUGACUAAGAAAAACGAUUUCGAUUUAACUGAUAUAUUUCCCAGUUGUAGAAAUGAUUUUGAUAAUUCAUGGAGCAAACGAUCAGUAGGAAAUUUAUAUAAUGAGUAUUCGAAGGUGUGCGUUGAUUAUAAAAAUAAUAUAGCUGCUCGCCAUGUUGGUGGCCAAGAUUUUCAGACUGAUUGUAUAGCACUAGGUUUAUAUUUAAAUUAUAUAAAUGAUAAGAAUAAUUCAGGUAAAGAAUUUUACUUAGAAACAUCUUGUAAAUAUUUCUUUUACAAGUUAAAACACUUGGUAAACAAACAUAAUGGUAACUGUAAUAAUACAGUAGAAUGUUACAAGAAGUUUUUUAAAAAGAAUGAAAAUGAACAUGUACAGAGAAUAUCAGUGCCUCAAGUUUGCCUCAAAUAUGCCAAUGAUUAUGAUAUUCAUGGAGAUACAUUAAAAAUAAUGGAAUAUCUGGAUGAAAUAUAUAAAUGGAUUAAUCGUUUUAAUAAUAAUAAGUGGGAAAGGACCACUGUAAAUGUACAAAAAUUUACACCUUGGAUAGAAAAAUUAGAAAAUCAUCUUAACAAAUACAAAGGCCAACUUAACGCAGAACUCGAAAAAAUUAUUCAAAUAUGUGAAAGCUAUAGAAAAAUUUGGAGGAAUGAUAAAGUACUUGCAGUUCAUGCCUUAUAUUACUUAUCUGAAAAAUGGAUAAAUGAAAGAAGAAUGAAAAUCAAUGGGACUGAUACAGAAAGCAAUGGAAGCAAUGCACUAUAUGCUCCAGCUUUAAUAAGGCCUGGGACAAAUGGAGAAACAAAGGAUACCAAAGAAUCAAUAUCUCAAGCUUUAAUAAGCACUGCAGUAAAUGGCGAAACAGACACAGGAAUAAGUGUUGGAAUGAUUUUUAUAAGUUUUUCGAUAUUAAUAAUUAUGUUUAUUUUGUAUAAAUAUACCCCUUAUUUUUCAUUUUUAAAACCAGAGGUACGGAAUUUAAGAAGAAAGUUGAAUAAAAAUAACAAAAAUAAUCUGGAUUUUGUGUAUUCAUUUGAUGUUGAAUACAAAUGUUUAACUGAUAAUAGGUAUAAAAUAGCAUAUUGUUAA